CCCUCUCUUUAAGUAACUGUAACAUAAAUUUCUUAUAUGCUCCUAAUCGUGUUCCUUUUUCGUUUAACCUUUUGUGGUCUUCCCCCGAUAUGUGGCUGUGUAGUGGUAUCCGUGUGCUUAUCUAUGGUCGGUUUCGUUUGUCGUAUCACAAAGAUGCUAGUGUUAAAUUUCCUUUGUUUCCUUGGGCGCUGCUGGAAGGUUUCGGAUGUGUUCGUCUUCCUUCCAGAAAUCCCAGAUGUCUCUCUGGGCUUCUCUUCCUGUUUGCUGCCUGCCUUCCUUUAUAAUGCGGCGCGUCUCCAUCUCUUCAAGCACUUCGACCUGCUAGUGGCACCGGCAAGUAGAGGCGACCCAACGCAGUGCGAUUCCACUGUGAGCAGAGUUUGUUCCCGGCAGAUGGCUUUAGCUCGCCUGUGCGUCAACAAGGCCCUUGCCUGCCGCGCACCGGCUCUGGCUUUAGCUCGCCUGUGCGUCAACAAGGCCCUUGCCUGCCGCGCACCGGCUCUGGCUAGGCCGGCGUAUGCUAUAGCGCCGGAGGGAAUUGCUUCUCUUGGAGGCUUGAACGGCCGCUUGCUCUCGUCGGUGGCAACAGACACCGCCGCCAGGGCUCCAUCAGAAGGAGAGGAGAACCGCCGGGAGGUCGCCGUGAAGGACCGCUCCGGCUCCGGUGCCACGCGCCGCUGGCCUUGGAGAGACCUCCGGCAGUUGGUCCCGUUCCGUCUCGUCAACGGGCUCGGGAGCGCGCUGUCGCGUGCGGCGGAGGCGCUGCGGCGGCCGCUGGAGCGGUGGCGGCCGCUGCAGGGGAAGGUGCGGGAGGAGGAGGAGCGGUACAGGCUGCGGUUCGAGGUGCCGGGGCUGGGGAAGGACGACGUGCGGGUCACGGUCGAGGACGGCGGCAGCACGCUGGUGAUCCGGGGCGAGAAGAGGGUCGAUGAGGUGCGGGGCGACGACGAUGGGGAGGAGUGGUGGUCGGCGAGCAGCUACGGGUGGUAUCACGCGAGCCUGCUGCUCCCGGACGACGCCCGGGCGGACGGGAUCGCGGCGGAGGUCAAGGACGGCGUGCUGUACGUCACGGUGCCGCGCGCGCCGGCGGCCGGGAAGGAGAGGAACGUCACCGAGGUCGAGGUCCAGUGAGCGACAACAUCUCGGUUGCCGAGCAGUCGAGUACUGGCAGCAUGUGUAUGUAGCCAGCUGAUGUUCUGGCAGUCCUGCGUGCGCGAAUGCAGCAUGCACUCGAUCUUCAUUUGCUUGUUUGAUGUACAUGUUGCUGCGUGCACGUGUCUAGCUAAGCAUCGUGUCGAUGGCGUUCCCUCCGUCUGCGCGCCCGUCCUCCUGGCUUUGCUCAGAGCCGGCGACUUGCGGGCUGUGGCUCCGUGGUGUGGGAUAGGGAAAAGGCCAUUGCCCGGCGUAACAGGGGUCUCCGUACUAUCUGAAACUUUCAUUUUCUCUUCUUUGCAUCGAGACUGGUGUUAUAAGUAGAUUUUACAGCCAACCUUUCCAGCAGUGUGUGUUCCUUUAAAAAAAUUCGAGAAAAUGUGUACUCCUUUAUAUAGACCUCGUUCUAUGCUGGCAAAUCCCCGCGGAGUGCAGUCAAAAAAAAAAAAAACGCUCCGCGGAUAUGCUAGCCUCGUGGAAGGAGGACGGUGGGAUAAAUACAUGGAGCUCGUUCCAUGCUGGGCAAGUGCAAGUCCGCUCCUAUAGGAUCAGCCACGAGUACUACCCCUAGAGGCCACAGAGAAGUGCUCCAGAAAACACAAAUCAAACUUCGACCGAACCUGUAGAUGCAGAGCAAGCGAGAUGAGGGCUUCGAGCCCCAACCCGAACUGCUCAUGGCCGCCCAGCGCGGCGAUUGGCAGCAGCUAGAGCAUCUCCUUAGCAAAGGAGGAGACGCUGCUGCCGCAGCGGCAGCGCCUCAGCCGGUGCGCGAUGUCGUCGUGGACAUCGAGGAAGCUGCUGUAUUAACCUCCGGCGAGUCGAUCACCAUGGCAGGGGACUCCGUCCUCCAUGUGGUAGCCUCGAGGGGAGACGGUGAUCCACGGCAAGUCCGGCCACCUCCUCGUCGCCAGGAACAAAAAAGGCGAUACCCCGUUGCACGGCGCCGCCCGGGCAGGAGUAGGACAGGGUAGAAUGGUCACCCAUCUCGUAGAAGAGCGCAGCUGUUCUUGUGAGCGAAGUUGUGCCUAUCCUGCCGCCCCUACUCACAAGAAGAGCGCGGCUUUUAACCGUACUCACAAGAAGUUGCGAGCGAAGUUGUGCAACAUGGGGAAGUUGGAGGGCCUUAAUAUUCAGUUCUGCAACAUGAUUGGCAACCACAA